AUGACGCCGACGUUGAAGCUGUCUGGGCCGACCAACUUCGCACCGGUGAUCAAGGAAACGAUCAGAGCUGUUCAACAGAAUGGCGGCUACCACAUCUUGGUGAUUAUCGCUGAUGGUCAAGUGACAAACGAGGAGGCCACUCGCGAGUCGAUUGUUGAGGCGUCCAACUGGCCCAUUUCCAUUAUUAUGGUCGGUGUUGGCGACGGACCCUGGGAUAUGAUGAAGGAGUUCGAUGUCAAGCUGCCGGCCCGCCGGUUUGACAACUUCCAGUUUGUCGAAUACAACGCCGUGAUGCAGCUCAACAAGAAGAACCCUGAGGCGGGUUUCGCCAUCAUGGCUCUGAUGGAGAUCCCUGAGCAGUACAAGAUGAUUCGAGAGCUGGGACUGAUCCAGUAG